AUGCAUGACCAUUUAAGAGAUUUGGGAAGAGAAAUUGCAAAUCAACAGUCACCUUACCGUCUUUGGUUUCCACACCAGAUUAUUAAAAUUUAUAAUCAAACACAGAGUAUCCGCAUUCGAGGAAUAUCAUCUACAACAGCUGGAUCCACAAGUGGGUCUGAGGAGUUUCCACGAUGUUCGCUGGGUGGGGAGGUCAUGGUUGACACAAACCGAGGACCAUAUAGCCUCGCACCAUCUUCGCUUGGACUGAAAAUUUUUCAGACAAAUCUUCGCUCAUUUAUUUCAUUGGCAAAUUUGAGGGUAUUAGAACUCCAUGAGCAGCAAGCUGAUAGUCACUUAGAAGAGCUAUGGGAGACUGACAGUGAUGCUCCAGUGCAGUUAAGAGGAUUGAUUAUUUCCGGUUGUUAUAACUUCAAGAGGUUUCCAGAUUCAAUAGGUUGUCUGAGUCAUUUGAAAACAGUCGUCCUUAAGAGUGCCAGGUCCCUGAGGGGUCUCCCGAAAGAAUUUUGCCUUCUACGAUGGCUGGAGCAUCUGCAAAUCGAAUGGUGUGUUAAGCUGUCAUCACUACCUGACAGUUUCGGCAAUUUGAACAACCUGCGGCAUCUGGGUUUAGAGGGAUGCCAGCAAUUGAGUACAUUGCCACACUCUUUUAAGGACUUGAUAUUACUGGAACAUCUUGAUCUAAACCAAUGUGAUAAACUCACCUUAAGGUCAGACAUUCUGGAAAGCGUGAGAAAGCUCCAGUAUGUGAACCUUUCUGGGUGCAAGCAAUUGGAGGUUUUGCCCUCGAACAUCACAAAUCAGGAGUCGUUGAGAACUCUUGACUUACGUGGUUGCAGGAGCUUAUGGGAGGUGCCAAUGAACAUUGGUCAGCUGAGCAAGUUGCGAGUGAUGGAAAUAGGGAGUGAGCUGUUGACAAGCUUGCCUAACUCUCUGGGAGAUUUAUCGUCUUUGACUGAUCUCCGUAUUGAGAACUGUCCCAGGCUUGAGAGUUUACCAGACUCGGUGGGUUGUCUUAAUCUCUUAGAGAAUCUGUAUAUAAUCUUUUCAGGAGUAACAUCUUUACCAAUAUCAGUGAGGCAACUGAGUAAUCUACAUACACUGGCCAUAGACAACUCCUUAACGAGCGAAUUGAAUCUCGGGACGGGGUCAUUUACUUUUUCUUUAUGCCAACUAAAGUGUAUGUACCUAUCGUCAAUAAAAGUUCGCAAGAUUUCUAUCUCUCAAGACAGUUGUCCUGGGCUUGAGACUCUUCAAAUUCUAAAUAUUCACAAUCUCAGGGAGAUAGAAGUUCUGCCGACUACAAUUAAGGAAUUAGAUUUGAGAAGAUGUGGAAAUUUGAGGGACAUCAGGGGUAUUGCUGGUCUGGUAAGCAUUCGAAAGCUGAUAAUAGAAACGUGUCCAGAGUUGGAUGUGCUUCCCUGUUUUGCACAAUCAGCUUCUCUCCAAGAAUUUGUUUUCCGAGGUUGCUACGGAGUCAAGAAAAUACAAGGUCUGGAAUAUUUGUACAUGGCCUUAGACAAAUAUUGGCAUAAAUUGCAAGUAAAAAAAAAUCCCAUAACAUAG